AUGAGAGAGCAGUUACCUGUAGAACGAAGAGAGGUUAGUUUCCGGAUCACCGCUGCACUCACGCCGGAACGGCGUCCGCUGAACGGGCCGCGACUGCCGGCCGUUGCCAUUGUAGGCGGCAGUACGUUGCACCUCUCGUGCGGCCCCGUAUCUCGUGCCCAUCGCAAGCGGCCUCACGUCUGGAAACAACAGCAAAAUUGGAACAACGCAAGCAGCUUCGCCGUCACGUGCAAUACGAAGCCGAGCAGUGUUGCCGUGCCCUCGCAGUCAGUAAAUCUGCACCGCGCAACUGCUCGACAUGCAUGA